AUGGCGGCGGCGGCCGCCGCCCCGGAGCCCGGCGUACCGGCGGAGGAGGCGGUGGUGGUGUGGAGCCCUGAAGUGGAGGUUUGCCUCUUCCACGCCAUGCUGGGCCACAAGCCCGUAGGUGUGAACCGCCAUUUCCACAUGAUUUGUAUCCGAGAUAAAUUCAGUCAGAAUAUUGGACGGCAGAUUUCUUCCAAAGUGAUUUGGGACCACCUGAGCACCAUGUAUGAUAUGCAGGCUCUUCAUGAAUCUGAGAUUCUGCCGUUCCCUAAUAUAGAGAAGAAUUUUGCUCUUCCUGACGAAAUGAUUCAAGAAGUGAGAGAAGGAAAAGUAAUGAUAGAAGAAGAAGUGAAAGAAGAAAUAAAAGAAGAGAUGGAAACGCAUGCAGGGCCAGAAGAAGUUUUUGCACCCUCUGGAAGUUUAGGAAAAACCACUGAAAAGCCAAGCAGCAAAGAGAAAGAGAAAACAUCAGAUUCUGGAUCCAAGGAAGGAUCCGAUAAGAGGAAGCGCAACAGAGUCACUGAAAAGGUCUUGAACGCAAACAGUAACCCCUCCAGUCCGAGUGCUGCGAAACGGCGCAGAACGUAGAGCGAGCUGUGGGAGAGGAGGAACAAACUCUGGGCCACGAGGAGGGAACAGUCAAAACCAGUAGCGGGAGAGUCGCUACGUAAACUUUUUGAGAAAGGAAAAGAUAAUCUGAGCCAGGUAUUGGAAGAAUCUGCACGUUGGCUUUAAUACACGUGAUGAGACUUUGUCUUUCCUGGUGUGUUUUCUUGCCGGCACCGAGCAGCUGAGCGAUGGGCACCUCCUCGGGGUGGCAGCUUUAGUUCACACUUAUGUGACAAUUCCUGUGGUUGCAUUUCAAACAAGUAACGUGCUCUGCAUGGGCUCAGUUCCUCAAACGAGUGCUCGGUGAAACACGGAGCCGCAGUUCGUGAAAAGCAUAGGUUAUUUCUAUAAAUACUGGGUCAGUUUUUUCUGCCAUU